AACAGUCUCGUUCUGCACAAAACUACUAAGCCACGUGUAAAUAGACUAGUUUGUACCAACUAUCACCUAAUAAUCACCUCUCAGGCCACCUAGAGUACAACAGUUGAGGGUAUUGGGAGCGUCAAUCGGGCUCCUUUGAAUUUAACCAAUCAGUGAUUUUCACGUCUCUCGGUGAACUGACUGAUGAUGGACAGCAGGUGAUCUAUAACUUUUUUAUAAAAAAACAAAUUUCAAUGAAAACAAGUCUAUAAAUUAUCUCCUCAAAAGGAGAACAUCUAAUUAUAUAAAGGAGACAAAAUGCAAAGUUUGCGUGAAGGAGGGAAUGUCAAGACAUCGCACUCAUGACAAUUAUGGAUGGCUCCUGGAGCUGGCAUGAACUUAUGGUCUCCACGACUGCCUAGCAAAAUCAGUUUCAUCCUUAUCUUCCAACGCCAAUGAGCCCGUAGAAUGCUUCAUCUCGCAACCUGUGCAGUCCAUUCCUGAUCAGGACAGGCCGUCAUAGGCUACACGGCUGAAAAAAUUUUGCCCCAAUGGCAGUGGAAAAAGAAUGCUCCACUGGGGGUUCUCACUCAGUCAAAUUUUAAUUACUUCUUUCAUAGUUCGUGGAGGAUGUAACAUAAAAUAAGUCCAUUCUUUUUGGUUAAUUGUCCGACGGUCCAACCCAAGGACGCAUCUCCGUGCUGUGGGAACUCCGGGAGCAAGCUACCUUUGCUUGGAGAUGGAUGGAUGUCGUCGGAAGGAGGCGCACGUGCUGGUAUUCCCCUUCCCGGGGCAGGGCAUGGUGAACUGCAUGCUGAAGCUGGCCGACCUCCUCUCCGGCGCCGGCCUCCACGUCACCUUCCUCAACACCCACCACAAUCACCGCCGCCUCAGCCAGUUCUCCGGAGCCCUCUCCCGGCUCGCGCAACGCCCAAAGUUCCGCUUCGCGUCCAUUCCCGAUGGCCUCUCUGAGGAAGAAACCCGGUCGGUCUUCAACUUCUUCGAUCUGGAGGAGUCGAUGAGGACCCGGGCCGCUACCUCCUUCCGCGACCUCUUGCUCGCCUACCGAGACAAAGAUACCGACGGAUGGCCGCCGGUGACGUGCGUGAUAGCGGACGGUCUCAUGCCGUUCACUAUCGACGUUUCGGAAGAGGUGGGGAUCCCUGCCAUCAUGUUCCGAACCAUUAGCGCCUGCUGCGUCUGGGCCUAUCUCUGCAUUCCCAAUCUACUAGAGAGCGGAGAGAUCCCCUUUCCAGAGGGUGCGGAUCUGGACGAGCCGGUGCGAGGAGUGGCGGGGAUGGAGAGCUUCUUGCGGCGGCGAGAUCUUCCAAGCUUUUGCAGGCAGGCGAGAGACCAGAUGGACCGGGAACUCCAGGUGAUGUCUUCUGUGACUGCCAGCACGAAUCGAGCGAGAGCGCUUAUACUCAACACCUUGGAGUCUCUGGAGGGCUCGGCGCUGUCUCACAUCCGGAAACACAGCCCCGUCACGUACGCUGUCGGACCCCUCAACGCACAGGCCGGAACUUCAUCAGAUUCCGGCAGCCUGUGGCAAGAGGAUCGGGACUGCAUGACCUGGCUUCACGCCCAACCAGACCGGUCGGUUGUUUACGUGAGCUUCGGGAGCCUGACGGUGGUGACGAGGGAGGAGUACAUGGAGUUCUGGCACGGGUUGGUCGACAGCGGCCAGAGGUUCCUGUGGGUGGUGCGGUCGGAUCUGAUCAACAUGAGAGGGGGAGGGACGGAGGAGAAGCCGGCGGUGCCGGCGGAGGUGGAGGAAUGGACGAGGGAUAGGGGAUGCAUCGUGGGAUGGGCCCCACAGGAGGAGGUGCUGGCCCACCCGUCGGUGGGUUGCUUCGUGACCCACAGCGGUUGGAAUUCGACAUUGGAGUGCAUCGCGGCGGGCAAGCCGAUGCUCUGCUGGCCGUUCUUUGCCGACCAGCAGAUCAACAGCAGGUUUGUGAGUGCUGUGUGGGAAAUCGGGUUGGACAUGAAGGACUUGUGUGGGAGAAGCAUCGUGGAAAAGAUGGUGAGGGAGGUGAUGGAAGGAGAAAGGUCAGAGGAGCUAAGGAGAAAUGCCCGGGAGAUGGCGGAGAUGGCGAAGAAGAGCGUUGCCGAAGGGGGGACCUCUUACAAUGACCUCCAAAGAUUGAUCCAGCAUAUCAUGUCCUUCAGCUCCUACGUUCCGACCUGCUGAAAACAUAACUUUAGUAGGAAAUUCGGACCACCCUGCAUGCAGUUCAAUCCAUUACUCUGUUCCCGUUUUGCUUCAAUUAGAACGAUCCUCCACAAAAUUCUCCAGACCUUUCAGUUAUGGAGUAACCUUAGCCAGGGGAAAGCAUGUGAAAGCCAUCCAUUGGUUCCGAACUCUGUCUCCUUUGUUGAGAAAGGGCUUAUCACUAGAGACAUUGCAUUCUCUCCGAUUAUCUCUUCAUAUAUAUAUAUAUAUAUAUAUAACUCUCUUUGUACUUGUAAUACUCUGUUCCCGUGAUAAAGCUGGGGGAAUUAUCUUACUUCAUUACUUCUCAUU